GGGGCCGAUCCAGCGGAGAGCAGAGCCCAAGGCGCGGCGCGGCGCCGCUCCGCACACGCACACGGAGCCAUGAGGUGCCACGUCGCCUCCAGCUGCCUCGUGGUCUGGCUUUCUGUGCUGAUCUCUGGAUGCUGUGGCCAGGUGAACCGACUGCCCUUCUUCACCAACCACUUCUUUGAUACAUACCUACUGAUCAGCGAGGAUACACCUGUGGGUUCCUCUGUGACCCAGUUGCUGGCCCAAGACAUGGACAACGACCCCCUGGUGUUCGGCGUGUCUGGGGAGGAGGCCUCCCGCUUCUUUGCCGUGGAGCCUGACACGGGCGUGGUGUGGCUCCGCCAGCCACUGGACAGAGAGACCAAGUCGGAGUUUACGGUGGAGUUCUCUGUCAGCGACCACCAGGGGGUGAUCACGCGGAAGGUGAACAUCCAGGUCGGGGACGUGAAUGACAACGCGCCCACGUUUCAUAAUCAGCCCUACAGUGUCCGCAUCCCUGAGAACACGCCAGUGGGGACGCCCAUCUUCAUCGUGAACGCCACGGACCCCGACCUAGGUGCAGGCGGCAGCGUCCUCUACUCCUUUCAGCCCCCCUCCCAGUUCUUUGCCAUCGACAGCGCACGUGGCAUUGUCACAGUGAUCCAGGAGCUGGACUACGAGAUCACGCAGGCCUACCAGCUCACCGUCAAUGCCACGGAUCAAGACAAGACCAGGCCUCUGUCCACCCUGGCCAACUUGGCCAUCAUCAUCACAGACGUCCAGGACAUGGACCCCAUCUUCAUCAACCUGCCUUACAGCACCAACAUCUAUGAGCAUUCUCCUCCGGGCACCACGGUGCGUGUUAUCACCGCCAUCGACCAGGACAAAGGACGUCCCCGGGGGAUUGGCUACACCAUCAUCUCUGGGAAUACCAACAGCAUCUUUGCCCUGGAUUACAUCAGUGGGGCGCUGACCUUGAACGGCCUGCUGGACCGGGAGAACCCCCUGUACAGCCAUGGCUUCAUCCUGACUGUGAAGGGCACAGAGCUGAAUGAUGACCGCACCCCAUCUGAUGCCACAGUGACCACAACCUUCAACAUCCUGGUGAUUGACAUCAAUGACAAUGCCCCAGAGUUCAACAGCUCCGAGUACAGCGUGGCCAUCACUGAGCUGGCACAGGUCGGCUUUGCCCUCCCCCUCUUUAUCCAGGUGGUGGACAAGGAUGAGGUGAGUCCCAGAACGCAUGGCCAUCCAGCCCAGCACCCGGCCCGGGCUGUGCAACCCUGGAAGGGAUGCCAGGGGUCACUGGGCUCCCAGGUCCCCAUCUAUAAAAUAGAAACAAACAUUGCUGCAGCCUCCCCUGCUAUGUUCUGA